AUGAAAACCUUGAUAUUAUUCCUUUUUUUUUUACCAAAUAUUUUUGCUUCCUUAUUGGGAUUAACACCAGCCAGCAAAGAUUCAUUUUAUGUACCCCCAGUUGGGUUUGAAGCAGCUAAGCCAGGAGAUAUUUUAAAAACUCGAAACACACCAAGUGUUCCAAGUAGUUUAUAUUUACCUAUCCUUAUCAAGAGUGCUUGGCAACUUUUAAUCAGAUCAGAAGAUUCUUUUGGAAAUCCAAAUGCUUUUGUCGCUACUCUUAUUCAACCAUUGAAUGCAAACCUGUCAAAACUAGUUUCUUAUCAAAGUUGGGAGGAUGCCUCUAAUAUCGAUUGCUCACCUUCCUACGGCAUGCAAUUCAGGUCUCCAGUUACAACAGUAACCACUCAAAUUGAUAUGACACUAAUUGUUCCUUUAUUACAAAACGGCUAUUAUGUUAUUAUUCCUGAUUACGAGGGCCCCAAAUCUGCAUUCACAGUAGGUAGACAGUCUGGGAAAGCUACUUUAGACUCAAUAAGAGCAGCGUUGCAAACCGGAACCUUUUCAGAGAUUAAAAGAACUGCCAAGGUUGCUUUGUGGGGUUACUCUGGUGGGUCUUUGGCCACUGGUUGGGCAAUAAGUUUACAGUCAAAAUAUGCUCCAGAGUUGAAAGAUAAUUUAAUCGGAGCUGCUGUUGGUGGAUUUGCUGCCAACAUUACUGCUGUGGCAGAAUCUGUUGAUGGAACAGUGUUUUCAGGUUUUAUUCCGCUUGCGUUAAAUGGAUUGGCAAACGAAUACCCUGAUUUCAAGAAGAAAUUAUAUGAAGAGGUCAAGCUUAGUGCAAGAUCUGGCAUGGAAAAAGGAUCACAGAAUUGUUUGGCUGCUUCUCUUGUUGGCUAUCCGAUGAGUCAAUACUUUACGGGACAAAAGAGGGCUUUUGAAAAAGGGUGGGGGCUUUUACAAGAUGAAGUUUUUAACAAAACUAUCCACGACAACUUGUUGUUAAAAUUGGACAAUACCUAUUUACCUCAAAUUCCUGUUUUAAUUUAUCAUGGAACCAUAGAUGAGAUUAUUCCUAUUAAAGAUGCUCAUACUCAAUAUCAGAUUUGGUGCGACUGGGGGAUCAAAUCACUCGAAUUUGCUGAAGAUUUGCUGGCAGGUCAUUUAGCAGAGACAUUCACUGGAGCUCCUGCCGCUUUGUCAUGGAUUGAUGCAAGAUUUUCUGGCAAACCUGCAGUUAAUGGAUGCCAACGUACAAUUAGGUCCUCAAACUUACUAUAUCCAGGUAUUUCGAUCUCAAGUCGUAUUUACUUUGAAGGAAUUUCUAAAACAGUUUUUGGGUUCAACUUAGGAGCUGGAGUUAACACCGACAAAUCUAUCAGCAGUAGUUUUUUUGGAUACAUUAAAAAGUAUAUUUAA